AUGUAAAAAUAAGAAUAAAAGAUGUAAAAAUAAGAAUAAUAAUAAACAGAGCAUUCAACAUUUCUAGGAAAGAUUGUAUGGAUAUUAAUAGGAAUUCUUGUUGCAUUUGGAAUUAAAUUAUACAUUAAUGAAUAUUAAAAUGUUAAUUGUAUAAUAAAUGGAGAUUGUAAGUAAUUCUUAAUUUAAUAGAAAUUAUUAUGGAGAAUAGUGGAAUGUUUAUUAAAGAUUCUGGUGUUGCUUAUCUAUCAUCUUAAUUAAAUCAGAAUAUUGAUGCAACAAAAUUAAUAGCAGAUUUAUCAAUCAAUUAAAUUUCUGAUUUAACAAAUUUCUUUGAAAGUCUUGGCAAUUUGACUAAAUUAAAAGAAUGUAAAAAUUAAGUAAAAUACUUUAGUGAAGUUAUCAUUUGGAAAUAAUCCAAUUAUCAAUUAAGAAUCUUAAAUAAUAAAAUUAGUUGAGACCUUUUCUAAACUUAAGGAAUUAAAACAUAUUAAUCUUGGUAUGGAUGCUAUUCUAAAUAAUUAAAGCAGAUUCAAAAUUAUUUAAUAGAUAUCUAAGAUUAGAGAAUUAAUAACUCUUCGUAUUUCUCUCAUAAGUUGUGAUUUGUCAUAAGAUGGUAUUAAAUCACUUGUACCUAUUGCUGAAAUGUAAAAUCUUAAAGCUCUAGAACUUAUACUAGUUGGAAGUAAAUUAAAAGAGAAAGAGAUGGAUUCUUUGUAAUUAAUACUUUAAAAGUUACCUAAAUUAGAGAAACUGAAUUUAAAUUUAUAUGCUAAUAAAAUAUAAUAAGAUGGAGUGAAUAUUCUUAGUGUUGGUUUAUCAUAAUAAAUAUAAGUAAGAGAAUUAGGAAUUGAUUUGUAUUUCAAUAAUAUUACAUAAAAUGGAACAUAAAGUUUAAUGAAAGUAGUAGGAUAAAUGAAUAAUUUAACUAAAUUAAAUUUGGGUUUAGAAUUCAAUUAUAUUAAAGAUGAAGGUGGAAUAUAAGUUGGAAAUACAUUAACAUAAUUAAAAUAUCUUAAAGAAUUAUCAAUUAAUGCAGCUACAAAGAAUUUUGGAUGGAUUGGUUUUGAAGCUAUUUUAUUAGCCAUUGAAAAGUUACCACCAUUAGAUAAACUAGAAUUAAUUAUAGGUGUUAAUAAAUGUGGUGCUAAGGGUGCAGAAUUAUUAAAAAAUAUACUAUAUAAACAUAAUAAACUAAAAAGUUUGAAGAUCAAUUAUAUAGAAAAUUAUAUAGGUGAUGCUGGAGCUACAUUUAUAGCUGAAGGAAUUUAAUAUCAAAAGAAUCUAGAAGAUUUACAUAUCAAUAUGAAUUUCAAUUCAUUGUCAGAUAGAGGAGCAUUAGAAUUGGCAAGAGCAGUCAAAAAUGCAAAAUCACCAAAAGUAUUAAUAUAAUUAAAAAUUAGAUUGUGUAACUAAAAGUUAGUUAAAAUUAAUUGACUGAUAAAGGAAUCAAAGAUUUGUUGUAACUUUUAGAAUAAUCACUAUCUAAAUUAGAUAAUUUGGAAGUAGAAAUUUUAAAUACAGCAUUAACUAAUGCAACAAGAGAUGAUAUUGAAAUUAAAUAUGGAAAUGUAGAAAAAUUAAGUUUAAAAUUAAACACUAUUCCACCAAGUAAUUGGGAUUGA